CGCGCACUCGAUGAUGAGUGCAACAUCCGGGUACCGGCCGCUCACUGAACUGAAGACUUCCUGCGUGAAGGCGCUGACGUACCUGAGUGCGGAAGUGUGCACUUUGAGAAGCAGCCUCUGGAGACACGUCUGGAGCCUGCUAAACGUCGUAGGGCCAUGGCUCGUGGGCAUCAGAAGAUCCAGUCGCAGCAGAAGAACGCUAAGAAGGCGGCUGAGAAGAAGAAGUCUCAGGGCGCCGACCAGAAGACAGCGGCAAAAGUGGCUCUGGUCCAUACCUGUCCCGUCUGCAGGACCCAGAUGCCCGACCCAAAGACCUUCAAGCAGCACUUUGAGAGCAAACACCCCAAGUCCCCCAUGCCCCCCGAACUCGCUGACGUUCAGGCCUGAACCACCACAAGCUGACAAAGCAGUUGGACGAAAGCAUUGACUUGUGGAGCAGUUGGAAGUCAGCACGCAGUGUGCUGUAAAGACAUUGGAACCUGUCGAAGACAUGGACUGAACAACAGCCAACAAGUAUUUAUUGUAUGAAUCAGUUAUUGAGAAGGAUGAGUUUCAGUGUUGGUUGUUGCACAUUCUUCCUUUUUGUUUGUUGGACAGUUUGUGUGAGCAGGACGCUUACAAACCACUAAACGUCAUUCAGACGUCACAAGUACCUCACAUCCUCCUUGUCCACCUGGGACACUUUCCUGGUCUUCUAGCUGACAAUCAUCAGACACAAUGCGUCUCUAAUCAUGUUUGACAUGUUGUAGCAGAUGAAUGAAUAAACAUACUAGCAGAC